AUUUAAUCAAUUUGUUUAAAACAGCAAUUAAAAUGAAAAUUUAUUUGGACUAUGUUAAUUUUUGUCAAGAUAGCAGCAAUAUUUAAAAGGAAAAGUACAUUAAGUGCUGCUCAAUAAAUCUUUGGAAAUGAAGAGUUUAAUAUUAGCAGUUGUUUUACUUUCAAUCAAGUGUUCCUUAGGUCAAAAUACUACAAUUACAAAUGUCAAUUUAUUUCUUGUUAAAGGCAACAGCAUUUCUACAAGCUUAAAUGUCUCGUGGGAUAAGGUUCAACAGAUUUUCACAACAGACUACGACAUAACAAAGAAAUCAGUCAUCUUUUUAUUUGGAUGGAUGGAUAAUUUAAAUUCAUCAUGCGUCAGCACUAUAAUCGAUGCAUACAGCAAAAGUGAACAAGAACUUAACGUAUUCAUCCUUGAUUGGAGUAAAUACACAAUGAUGAACUAUUUUAGUGCUGUUUGGAGGAUCCCAGAUGUUGCUCUUUAUAUUGUCAGCAACUUUAAGAAUAUGAUGUCGAUUGGCUAUGAUUUCAAUACUUUUCACUUGAUUGGAUUCAGUCUUGGUGCUCAACUAAGUGGUUAUAUUGGAAGAUAUAUGCAGAGUUUGGCUAACUUUACUCUACCGAGAAUAACAGGUUUAGACCCAGCUGGUCCGCUCUUUUAUCCUACGUUUGUUUUCAUCAACAUGAAACCACUUAUGGCUAAUGAUUCUAGAUUCGUGGAUGUAAUUCACACAAAUGCAUAUCAAGCUGGUGGACCGAAGCGUAUUGGUCAUAUUGACUUCUAUCCAAACGGUGGAACUUUUCAGCCAGGCUGUCCACAAUUUACAAUUGAUGACUGUAACCAUCAACGAUCAUGGCAAUAUUAUGCUGAAUCUGUAACUUACAAACAGAGCGAUAAGAAAUUUCAAGGUGUUCAAUGUAAUACCUUUAAAUUAUUCAGUAAUGUGUUAUGCACUGGAACGCCGAUAUUUAACUAUAUGGGUUAUUAUGCUAAUCCAAACAACACUGGAAGUUUUUUCUUAAACACAACUGCACAGUCACCAUUCUCAUUGUGAACGAAUUUUGAGUGUGAUGAAUGCUCAUUACUGACCGCUGUUUUGUAGUACUUAAUAAACAAAUAAGAAG